ACAGAAACAAACAGUAUCCAAGUGCUUAGUCCAAAACAGAAAGUGAUUAAGAAAAAGUUUUAUUGAGUUUACUUCGUUUUACAGAAAAUAAGCAUUUGUCAGCCUUGGGCUUGGUUGUUUGUAAAACCCAUCUGAUCGGUUCCAAAAUUAAGUAUUCAUUUUUUCGUUUUUAUUAUACAAAUCAAGCGUCUACCGCAUCCCAACUGAUUUGUUUGAAAAUUCUUUAGGCUUUUAUUUUGCUUUUGAACGGCAUCAUUGAACACAUUUCUUUAUUUGUAAUUCUCGGUUGUUUCUGCUGUCGUUUAAGCAUUUAUCAUAAAACAUGACAUUUUGUCAGUUUGUUGUUGGUCCUCCUGGUGCUGGAAAAUCUACAUAUUGUCAUGGCAUGUAUCAAUUUCUUUCAGCAAUUGGUCGCAGAUGUGCUGUGGUAAAUUUGGAUCCUGCGAACGAUCAUCCUGCGUAUCCUUGUGCAAUUGACAUACGUGAAGUCUUGGAUAUCGAAACCAUUAUGGAAACGUCAAAUCUUGGACCAAAUGGUGCAUUACUAUAUGCAAUGGAAGCUAUUGAAUACCAUGUUGAUUGGUUGGUUGAACGGUUACAAAAGUUAAAAGACAUUUAUAUUAUAUUUGAUAGCCCGGGCCAAGUUGAGUUGUUCACACAUCACAAUUCUCUACGGAAAGUCGUUACAGUUUUGGAAAAGAAGCUGGGAUAUCGGCCUGUUGCCGUCCAGUUGAUUGACUCGUUUUGUUGCACAGAUGCAGCAACCUAUGUUAGUGCUUUGCUACUUAGUUUAAAAACCAUGUUACAGCUCGAUUUGCCGCAUGUCAACGUACUCUCAAAAGCCGAUCUUUUAUGCACAUAUGGUCCUCUCCCUAUGCGUUUGGAUUACUUUACUGAGGUCCAGGAUCUGUCACAUUUAGAACCACUGCUUAACCGGGAUCCCAGACUGGCUCGUUAUGGAGAUUUAAAUGCUAGAAUCUGUGAACUGGUAGAAGAGUUCGGACUUGUUUCUUUUGAAGUCUUGGCUGUUGAAAAUAAAGCUAGCAUGUUACAUUUGCUGCAAACCAUCGAUAAAGCGGGGGGUUAUGCAAUGGGUUCCACUGAAGCAGGCGGUGAUUCUGUUUGGGCUACUGCUGUCAGACAAGGCGGUGAUCCAUAUCGUGAUGUCUCAUUACAGGAACGUUGGAUUGACAUGAAAGAAGAAUACGACGAGUAUGAAGCAAAACUCGAAGAAGAGGCCAUGGAACAGAUGGAAGAAGCAGCUGAAUGAGCGGAUUCGCUUCUAUCAAUUUAUGCAAAUACUAGACAUCGUACAAGGUUACUACACUAUGACUGUAUGGCAUAGCUUGCUGUUUCGUUUAACGAAACUGCGUGCCAUAGUGGGAGUGCAAGCUUAAAAACAAAAAGUUCUCGUUUACAAUGGAUUUCCUUUCUUCAUAAACCCCAUUUUAUGUUUAUUUUCUCUAUCAACUCCAUUUUAUCAGUAUCUGUAACUACUAUAACAAGUCAUGUCGUAAUUUCCGGUAUCCUGUUUUCUUCUCAUGAUAGUUAGAUUUGAAUUUGAAAAAGCUCAACUUGAGGGAAAGCGAGUUGUACGUUAACACAGCAAAUUUAAUUACUCUGUACGUCUUAUAGUCAUUCAAUUUACCUAUGCACGAUUCUGUUUUUGUUCCGCGGAAAAGAC